AAAUUUGUCUGCAUAAAAAAUUCUUGAUUUAAUGUUAAAAUAUAUAAAUCAUGUAUUAUUUACUUAGGCACACUUAACCUAUUUUAUAAACAACGGUAAAAAAAAUAAGUUUGCAAUUUAAUUUUUAAUGAGAAUACUAAAACCGAAGAAAUCAAUUCAAAUUUAAUUCGUUAAAUUUCCAACACUGUCUGCCGCAGGGCUGAAGUAUAACUAGUUCUGGAUAAGCCUAUCGAUAGUCUGCAAGCGGACUGCGGCAGCCCUGAAACGACACAUCAACAACAACAAUAAGAAUAACAACAGCGAAGAUAGAGUAUUUGUUGUCGUAGUUAACCCAGAUUUAGAAUAAAAUCCUCAACCAGCUUGUGCUCCCUAAAACAGUCAAAAUUAUUCAAAACAUGGACGAGUCGGAACUGCUCUUUAAUCUGUUCUACUUCCUGCUCUGCAUGGUCAUCAUUUACCCCCCAGAGGAGUUCCAGCGCCUGGGCUUCACCAUCGAGCAGUUGUUUGCCCGCUUCCUGGGGGAGGAAUAUUUGGACUUUGUGGGCUACCACCUGCGCCGCACAUCGCUCAAUCUGUUCGUGCACUCCUGUCUGCCGUUCUCCUAUUUCCUGAUCCACAGACUGAAGUUCUCUGUGUUUGCAACGCAAGAGCCGCUAGAGGAUUCCGACCUCGACCCAGAUUUCCCGAUGCCACAGGAGGCGGUGGCUUUCAAGACGCUCACCUGGAAGACCGCCCAGCGCUUCAGCGUACUGGCGGUGAUGGCUGUGCCUGCGCUCAUCUUUAACUGGCAUCAGCAGAACUGGCGCCGGCAUCCGAUAAAUAAGGCGCUCGCCAAGUACUCGAACUCGCCCGGCAGCUACAGUGCCGUGGCCAGCGACAUUGGCAACGAGUUUCGGCGGCCGGAAAUUUACAAGAAGAAGCUAAACUCCAUCAGCACCGUGAUUGCGACGGAGAACUGGAUAAUCAAGACCACAAUGUACAAUGUCCACUUUGCCCACCAGAGCAACACGGCGCUAAGCGUGGCCAAGGCGGAGACAUAUAACAUUUCGCAUCACGACCAGAACGACACGCUGCAGAUGAUCAGCAUUAUCGUGCGCCCAAUGAGGCAAGGCGUUGCUGACUUUCACAUACGAAUUAACGCCUUGGAGUUCAGGAACCUGGAGGAUCGCGUUCGGCGCCCCAUUGCCAUACCUUCGAACAUUCAGUUUCACCGCAACGUCAUCGACCGUUUCGUGGACGUGUUCAAGGCGCAAGUCGCUCUGAAUCCCAUCUUUCAGGCGGAAGUGACCACUGAGAAGUGCUUCGCUUGCAUGCUGAAUGAACCUAACACCAAGAUCCACAAGCAGUGCGCCGACCUGGACCGCAGCGGUGCUCCGCUCGCAGAAGGAGCGUGCUGUUCCAACUGCUACUGCCGACCCAUGUGGUGUGUGGAGUGCCUGGCGCGGUGGUUUGCCGCCCGCCAGACCGACGUAGAUCGCGAAGUGUGGCUGGAGCAAAAGUGCACCUGCCCGAUGUGUCGGGCCAAGUUUUGUGUACUAGACGUUAGCUACAUCAGAGCUCCAUCAACUCAGCAGCGCGGAGCCGACGAGGACAAUGCCUCGUGAUUUACGACUGUGUUAAAGUAACAAUUAAAAAACGACUCUUAAAUCGAACCUCGUUCUUUAUUGGUCAGAUUCAAAUAUGUAAUCACUUUGACUAAUGUAAGACGUACAAUAACGUAGCUGUAAACUUAAAGUAUGCAUAUAAUUUAGUGCAGUUAUCACGUUUUAAUACUUUACAAUCUAACAUAAGCGAGCUAGCAUGCUGGAGAUAAUAAUUUAUAACUAACAAUUUUACUUAAGUACAAUCGAUAUAAGCCCGGAGAGAGAAAGUGAGGGUGUGCAAACUAUGCCUUACUAAAUUUUAAAACCGCGAUUACAGCAGAUGCUUCUCGUCUUCCCUGCGCUGUAUAGCCUGCAACUAGUGCAAUAAGCCCUAUAUCUUAGCCCUUCCCAACCACCUUCGCUUUCUCUCUCUCCCUUGACCUCUCAAUCUGAUUAAAUAAAGCGCCAUGCUAAGUUA